AUGGAGACACCAACACGGGGAAACACCACCAUCUCGGGCGACCUUCCCAUUCGCUCUGCAAAGCCCAAAUCUGAUACCUCUAAGAUGCCCCCACACCUGGAUGUGCAAGAUGCAACAAAUGAGCAGAUCCGAGAAGCCACCCGUAUGGCCAUGAUGAACCCUCGGCUUAAUUUCAGUGAUGCUCUGGCUGCUGCCAUAGGAGCCAAGAAACGGACCAAGAAAAAACGCCCCAAGAGCAAGCGUGGAAAUGACAAGCCUACUGGAUUCGAAGAAUAUUACGCCGAUGGUCCCAUUACCCCCAAGGAGCACGCGGAGAUGCUUGAGGUGUAUAACCCUGAUCUGCGUUUUAUUGUCCGCAUCGAGGAGGCACUCAAACGCUUCCAGAACAGACGUCGCAUCGAACCAGGCCGACUGAACAUGUUCUUGAAAUACCUGCAAUAUGGUGGCGUCAAUAUCGGAGGCAACAGCGUAGAUGAAGCAAACAAACAGGACGUGAAAAGUAUGACCAAGGACCAGAUCAUGCAGGCUCGUGCCCAAGCCGGAAUCCAGAAACAGCGUGACACGCUGGAGGUGAACUUCGACUUGGUUCUUCGGGGUUUCCUGAGCUCGUACUUCAUCAGAUACUUCAACCCGGAAAACGAAGCGGUCAUCAAGUUGGCAACCGAAACCAUCAAGAACUUCUACACUUACCUGCUCCAGCGCGACGUAUGCCCCGAGUACACUGAGAACCUGCUCGACGCCCGCAAAACAUGCGAUAUGGCAGCCAAAGAGCUGUGGAUGAACGUGCAGCUGGUGCGCAAAGGCCCUGGACCGUUCAACAAGUCCUGCUCGACGCUGUUUGGAGGAGCAUACUUCCAAUCUAGCAGUCCCCCUACCGGAACCGAGCGUAGGAAAGACAUCAAGGAAAAGCAAGAAAAUGCUCGCAAUGUCAUUAAAUAUGCCGUUGCCGGCGCCACCUCCUACGAGCAGGCCAGCAGUUUCCUGGAACUUGUGACCCAGAACCAACUCUGGGCGAAGAAGAUCCAUGACAUUGAUGGCUUCGAGGUACUCGCAGUCAUCGACCCUGAUAUUCGAGUCGUCGAAUUCUACCAUGAAUACGCGCCAGAGCAGACACCCGUGGGUACAAUCAAGGCUGUUUCGUUCCGUGACCCCUCCGAGCCCGAUAUCGACAUGAGCCCCGAGGAGCGUUGGGAGUGGGACAAUGGCAAGGCCCCGGAGUACGAGUUCGAGUUCCUCGUCGACAUUGACCUUCUUCCGCUAUUCUACCAGGGGUUGAAGGUGAUAUCGGGGGUUUGGCAGCUCAAUUGCGGACUGUACUACUUCGACGAGGUCAUGUCCACCUAUCCGACUUUCCACACGGUUAUUGCCAACGGCUUGAUGAUGAAGUGGAAGUGGCCCCGCGAUUUGACUGGCGAUGAUGACAAGAAGCCAGAUGAAGGGGCUGGAAAUGCGAUCCAGUGGACUGUCGAUGCCGCUUCCAAGGUGACUGAUCAGCAAAAGGGCGAGCAAUCGGACCAAGAUGAGAAUUAG